AUGAAAAUAUUUUACAUUAAUUUCAAGUUCCGUCGUCCAGAAUUGCCGUGGUUUUUUGGGGUUAAAGUUGUAACAAAGCUUUCUAUAACAUCUUGGGGCCAACAUCAACAGCCUCAGGCGGCCCAGCAAGUCCAAGCAUCCCAGCAAUUUGGUGGUGAACAAGCAAAAGACGAACACCAUAUCAAGGAACAUCUGGAUGGUAAGGUGGAUCCAACUGCGAACAUGACACCGGAACAGUUGCAAUUCCACUAUUUUAAUAUGCACGAUCUCGAUAAAAAUGGCAAAUUGGAUGGA